GAACAAUCCACCACAACUGCACCUACAACAGCCACUACAGAAUCAACUGCACCUACAACAGCCACUUCAGAAUUGACAACUACCACUCCACAGGCAACUACAACAAAGGAAGUCACCACCAUAUCGACUUCAACAGCACAAUCCACCACAACUGCACCUACAACAGCCACUUCACAAUUGACAACUACCACUGCGCAGGCAACCACAACUAAGGAAGUCACCACCCUAUCAACUUCAACAGCACAAUCCACCACAACUGCACCUACAACAGCCACUACAGAAUUGACAACGACCACUCCGCAGGCAACCACAACAAAGGAAGUCACCACCCUAUCGACUUCAACAGCACAAUCCACCACAACUGCACCUACAACAGCCACUACCGAAUUGACAUCUACCACUCUGCAGGCAACCACGACAAAGGAAGUCACCACCCUAUCGACUUCAACAGCACAAUCCACCACAACUGCACCUACAACAGCCACUUCAGAAUUGACAACUAUCACUCCGCAGGCAACCACAACAAAGGAAGUCACCACCCUAUUGACUUCAACAACACAAUCCACCACAACUGCACCUACAACAGCCACUUCAGAAUUGACAACUACCACUCCGCAGGCAACCACAACAAAGGAAGUCACCACCCUAUCAACUUCAACAGCACAAUCCACCACAACUGCACCUACAACAGCCACUACAGAAUUGACAACUACCACUCCGCAGGCAACCACAACAAAGGAAGUCACCACCCUAUCAACUUCAACACCACAAUCCACCACAACUGCACCGACAACAGCCACUUCAGAAUUGACAACUACAACUCCACAGGCAACUACAACAAAGGAAGUCACCACCCUAUCAACUUCAACAGCACAAUCCACCACAACUGCACCUACAACAGCAACUUCAGAAUUGAAAACUACAACUCCAAAGACAACUACAACAAAGGAAGUCACCACCCUAUCGACUUCAACAACACAAUCCACCACAACUGCACCU